AUGCAGCUCAAGUCCAUCCUGGCCCCGCUCCUCCUGGCCGAAGCGGCGAUCGCUCAGGGUCUCCCCAUUCGCGUCGUCACCUUCAACAUCCGCUACGACGCCGGCUCCCGCGAAUCUGGCGAGAAACCGUGGUGGGAUCUCCUCUGCCCCAUCUGGAAAUCCCGCUGCCGUCAACCGCAUGUUAUCGACGCCCUCAAGAACGCCGCAUCAGCGGCCCCGACCGACGCCGUGACUGUUAUCGGCCUGCAGGAGGUCCUCGAUAACCAGCUGAACGACAUCCAGAGCGGCCUCGGCUCCGGGUGGGCCCACGUCGGCGUCGGCCGAGAUGACGGAAAGAAGUCCGGCGAGUACAGCCCGAUCUUCUACCGCUCCGACGCCUUGAAGCUGGUCUACAGCGAGGUGAAGUGGCUGUCCCCCACCCCGGACCAGGUCUCGUACGGAUGGGGUGCCGGAAGCCGACGCAUCGUCACUAUUGCCGUUUUUGAGCACAUCGCGACCGGGAAGAAGUUCAUUCACGCCAACACCCACCUGGACAACGUCAGCAGUGAAGCCCGUUCCGAGGGUAUCAAGGUUGUUGUGUCCAAGAUCCAGGCUGUUCAGACCACUUACGGACCUCUCGGUGUCUCUCUGACCGGCGACUUCAACUCCGACCCCAACGGUGAUGCCUACAAGACUCUUACCGCCAACGGAUACAUGGAGGAGCUGUACAACAUGGCCACCCCAGACCAGCGCGCUGGGACCAACCAACUCACUUACACGACCUUCGAUACCAGCAACCAGGGCAGUCGCAUCGACUUCAUUUGGCUUGGACCCAAGGACGCAAAGAAGUACUCGGUCCAGAAGUACGAGAUUUACGACAACAACGUUGACGGCAUGCUCAUCAGCGACCACAGGCCCGUGGUUGGUGAUGUGACGUUGUUGUCUUAG